AUUGUGUAUUAAAAACGAUUGUUUAAUAAAGCGUGCCUAGUGGUGUGAAGUUUCCAUAGUAUGUUAAAUCCGAAAGAACAGAAUACGAUGUGUGAAUCAAGAGUCAACGAAGUUAGCACCAUUGUGAGGAAUAUCAAAUACGACCGGCACGUGUACGACUCCGAAAACGUAAUCGAGAAGGAAAACCCUUACUAUAGCAAAAAGUACGAAGAGGCCUACAAGAAGUCCAUCACCAACCCCGAGGAGUUCUGGCCCGAGGUGGGCAAGCUGGUCACAUGGACCAAGCCCUGGGACAAGGUGAUGGACCACUCCCAUCCCCCGUUCACCAAAUGGUUCGCAGGGGGCGAACUCAACGCCUGCUACAACGCCGUGGACCGGCACGUGGAGGCGGGCCGGGGCUCCAAGGUGGCCCUCAUCCACGACAGCCCCCUGACCAAAACCGUGCGGAAAAUCACCUACGCCGAGCUGCUCGACCAAGUCUCGCAUCUGGCGGGCGCGCUGGCCAAGCUGGGGGUGUCCAAGGGGGACCGCGUGCUCAUUUACAUGCCGCUCAUCCCCGAAGCGGUCAUCGCGAUGCUGGCGACGGCACGGCUCGGGGGAGUGCACUCGGUGGUUUUCGGAGGUUUUGCGGCGAGAGAGCUUUGCGCUCGGAUUGUGCACGCGGAGCCCAAAGUGAUAAUCGCUGCGAGUUGUGGGAUAGAACCGCAUAAAAUCGUACGAUAUAAGGAUAUCCUGAACGAUGCAAUUGAGUGGUCGUCCCACAAGCCCAACAAGUGUAUUAUCUUCCAAAGACGGAACGUGGAGUGUGCCCCCAUAGACGUCGAAAUGGAUAUUCUGUGGGAGGAUGCGCUGAAAAUGGCCGGACCUCACGAGUGCAUCCCGGUUGAGGCCAACGAUCCGCUCUAUAUUCUCUAUACGUCUGGAACCACAGACCAGCCGAAGGGCAUCCAGAGGCCGGUCGGCGGCCACAUCGCAACCCUCACUUGGAGUAUGAGCGUGAUCUACGGAAUGGGCCCGAACGACGUUUGGUGGGCGGCCAGCGAUCUGGGCUGGGUUGUUGGUCAUUCGUACAUUUGUUACGCGCCGCUUUUGUAUGGAAUAACAAGCGUAAUGUACGAGGGAAAACCCGACCGGACGCCAGACCCAGGCCAAUACUUUAGGAUAAUUAACGAGCACAAAGUUAAUGCAAUCUUUACUGUUCCUACUGCUUUCCGGGUGAUACAUCGCGAGGACCCCGAUAUUGAGUUCGGGCGAAAAUAUUCGAUUAGGAGUUUACGGACGAUUUUCGUGGCUGGGGAGCACUGCGACUAUGAAACGAAAAUGUGGGCCGAAAAGACGUUCAAUGUGCCCGUUUUGAACCACUGGUGGCAGACGGAGACUGGGCAUGCCAUCACUGCCACAUGUCUGGGGUAUGGGCAUAAUCUGAGUCCGCCGAAGUACACGGCAGGGAUGCCUUUUCCGGGAUACGAUAUUAAGAUUUUGCGGUCGGACGGCAUGGAAGCGUCAAAUAACGAAUUGGGCCGAAUUGUGAUAAAGCUGCCGCUGCCGCCGGGGACCAUGUCCACGUUGUACCAAGCGCCCGAACGGUUUUGCCAAGUCUAUUUCAGCCGAUACCCAGGCUAUUAUGACACCAUGGACGCGGGGUACAAGGACGAGUACGGUUACAUUUAUGUGACGGCCCGUGACGACGAUGUGAUUAAUGUCGCUGGGCACAGAAUAUCCACUUCGGCGUUGGAGGACGUGGUUUUGGCCCACCCAGACAUUGCCGACGCGACGGUGGUCGGAGUUCCGGAGCAUACGAAAGGGGAGGUUCCGCUCUGUUUAUAUGUCAUAAAGAGAAAUGCCAAAAAGAGUGAAGUCGCAAUAAGUCGCGAUUUAUUAAGGAUGGUUAGGGAAUUGGUCGGACCAAUCGCAGCGUUUCGCAUGGCGGUGGCAGUGCGAGGUUUGCCGCGAACUCGCUCGGGUAAAACGUGCAGGAAAUCUAUAUCGGAUUUAGCCCGAAAUAAGGAAGUUAGGAUUUCGGGCACUGUAGAAGAUCCAACAGUUUACAAAGAUAUUAAGGCUGCUCUCCAAAAACUGGGGUUCGCACAUACUGCGCCGGAUCCCCAGUGAAAACUGUUUACAAUUUAAAUAAGUAUAGAACAUUUCCAUUAGUUUAUGUUACAUUCGAGUUUAUUAGUAUUUUGUAACUUAUUACCUACUUGUUUUAUUUAAAUUGUUGGUAGUUUCUUUUGCUCUUAAUCAGAUACAAAUUAAUGAUUGUGUUAUGUAGAUAGAUAAGGAACGAAAAUAGUAAGAGAAUUGUAUCAAUUUGACCGAGUGACGGAACGAAAGACAAAUGGCAAAAUCGCGAGUGUGAAUCAAAAUAUAUAUAGAGAGGUGAGGUUGUUAAAUAAAAUUCAGUGUUAAUUAUA